AAACAUGGGGUCGUUAGAUGUUAUAGUCGGAUAAUAAUGUGUAUUCUUCACUCGGGAAAUUCCGUACCUUCCGCUCCAGGUCCCUAGACGUUGUCGAAACCCACCGACUGACGACAUCAUGCCCGCCCCCAAGCCCAAAGCCGACUUUGAUUGGUUGGUGUAUGACAGCAGGAAGAAUCCCGUCAACGGCCAUGUGCAGUCCGUCUUUUCCAUCCAGACAGGCCAGUGGUCGACUCCAGAUUUCGUCGAAAGCCCGGUACUCUCCGUACACGGCCUUGCACCCGGUCUCAACUACGGCCAACACAUCUUUGAGGGCCUCAAGGCAUUUCGGCGGCCGGAUGACGAGAUAGCCGUGUUUCGACCUGGCGAUCACGCGGCGCGCUUUCAGCGCUCGGCUGCUUUUCUCGAGAUGCCAGAGGUCCCCAAGAGCCUGUUUCUCCAGUGUGUUGACUUGGCCGUCCGCCGGAACGCCGAAUACGUUCCUCCUCACGACGUAGUCGGCGGCUCGUUGUACAUCAGGCCCCUCGAAUUCGCAUCCAGCGUCCAGAUCGGGCUGGAUCCGCCAGACGAAUACAUGUUCUGCGUCUACGUCCAGCCGCAUUUCGGACUCCACGCCGUCUCCAGCCUGAAAGCCCUGGUUGCGGAUGAGUAUGACCGCGUUGCGACGAGAGGUGCCGGCAAGGCCAAGAUGGGCGGAAACUACGCCUGCAUCCCCAAGUGGUCGCGUCUCGCCAAGGAAGAGGGGUUUAACCUUCUGCUGCACCUGGACAGCAGCACGCAGACCAAGAUUGAGGAGUUUUCCACGUCGGGGUUCGUCGGUAUACGCGACGAUGGCGGGGGGUCGGUGACGGCCCUGGUCUCGGACAGCGAGACGGUGCUCGACAGCAUCACGGUGGACUCGAUGGCAGUUCUCGCAACAUCCUUCGGGUGGAGGGUCGAGAGACGAUCGAUCAACUUUGCCGAACUUACCACCAUCACCGAGGCCAUGGCUGCAGGCACGGCGUCGGGGGUCUUGUCGGUGAGCAACAUCUACCGGAAAUCGACUGGGGAGAGGUUCGACCUCGCUUCUGGAGGUCCUAUCUACGCCAAAAUAUCCGGUGCACUAAGGGGGAUACAGAGGGGAGCUGAACAAGACCGUUUCGGGUGGUGCAGGGUGGUUGAAAUGAAUUAAACAAUCACUCAUGUUGUCCAAAUCUGCAUUCUCUAACAAUGUAGACAUAAUAAUAGAGAAAGACAGUGAGCGCAGGGAUGAGUCAAUGCUUUCGAGGCAAUGAU